UCUGCAGCCCCCUUCCGUCAUGGCCGCUUGCGUGGAGACGCCGAAGCCGAUCGCCUCCCCCUCGACCUCGACCGUGGCCAGCGUCUUCGACUCCAUGGAGUACGGCCCGGCUCCAGAGGCGGCCAGCGUGGCGCAGGCAUGGCUGGAUUCGCACGGCCGAAGUCUGGGCCACUUUAUCGAUGGCAAGUGGGUGAAACCAGAGGGGCGUCCCACAUACACCUCUCGCAACCCUGCCACCGGCGAGGUGCUCGCGGACACCGUGCAGGGCACGGCGGAGGAUGUGGCGCUGGCGGUGGGAGCGGCGCGCCGAGCGUUCACGUCCUGGAGCGCCCUGCCCCCCCACGUCCGUGCCCGCCACCUCUACAGCGUGGCGCGUCACGUGCAGAAGCACCAGCGGCUGCUGAGCGUCCUCGAGAGCCUGGACAACGGCAAGCCGAUCCGGGAGUCGCGCGACUGCGACGUGCCGCUGGUCGUGCGCCAUCUGUACCACCACGCGGGCUGGGCGCAGCUCGCCAGCCAGGAGAUGGGCGCCUGGAAGCCGCUGGGGGUGGUGUCGGCGAUCGUGCCCUGGAACUUCCCUCUGAUGCUGAUGGCGUGGAAAGUGUGCCCUGCCCUCGCUAUGGGCAACACGGUGGUGCUGAAGCCGGCCACGUACACGCGGCUCACCGCGCUGCUUUUCGCCGAGGUGUGCGCCGAGGCCGGGCUGCCCCCCGGCGUCUUCAACGUCGUCACCGGCAACGGCGCCUUCGGUGGCCUCCUGGCGGCGCACCCCGACGUGGACAAGGUGGCCUUCACCGGCUCCACCGAGGUGGGACAGAUGCUCCGGCGAGCCACGGCAGGGACGGGAAAGAAGCUGUCGCUGGAGCUCGGUGGGAAGUCGCCGUUCGUGGUGUUCGAGUCGGCCGACCUGGACAGCGCCGUCGAGGGGAUAGUCGAUGCCAUCUGGUUCAACCAAGGGCAGGUGUGCUGCGCGGGCUCCCGCCUGCUGGUGCAGGAGUCGGUGUGGGAGCCGCUGCUGGCGCGGCUGCGCGAGCGCAUGUCGCGCCUGCGCGUGGGCGAUAGCCUCGACAAGACGGUGGACGUGGGCGCCCUGGUGGACGAGUCGCAGCGGACGACGAUCCAGGGCUUCGUGGAGGAGGCGAGGGCCGAGGGAGCCGAGGUGUACCAGGUGUGCGCGAGCCUGCCGCCCAAGGGGCUGUUCUACCCGCCCACCCUGAUCACCAACGUCAACACGGCAUCCCGGGUCGUCAGAGAGGAGGUCUUUGGGCCAGUGUUGGUGGCGCUUCCCUUCCGCACGGCGAAGGAAGCCGUCGAACUGGCCAACAACACGCCGUACGGCUUGGCGGCGAGCGUGUGGACAGAGAAGCUCUCCCUGGCUCUGGAGGUCGCCUUGUCAAUCAAAGCCGGCACGGUGUGGGUGAACGGACACAACAUGUUUGACGCUGCCUCCGGCUUCGGGGGAUAUCGGCACAGCGGCUUCGGGCGCGACGGCGGCAAGGAGGGCCUGUUCGAGUACGUGCGGCCCCGCUGGGAGGAGCGCGCCCGCCCCGACCCCGGCAACGUGGACCUCGCGGCGUUCGGAGCCGCCUACGGGGCCGACGUGGCGCCCAUCCCCGGCACGGCCGCCGCCGUCGCACACCCCACCGUGACGGCACACGAGCAGCUCCUGCCGAGCGUGGACCGCACGUACAAGCUGUACUACGGCGGGGCGCAGAAGCGUCCGGACGGGAUGUACUCGAGGCCCGUGCUUGCGCCCGACGGCAGCAGCGUGAUCGCCUACGUCGCCGACGGCAACCGCAAGGACGUGCGCAACGCGGUCGAGGCGGCGCACAAGGCCGCACCCGGGUGGGGCAAGCGCGCGGCUCACAACCGCGCCCAGGUGGUGUACUACAUGGCGGAGAACCUGGAGCUGCGGCGCGACGAGGUGGCGCGCCGGCUGGCGGCGCUGACGGGUGUGACCCCGGCGGCCGCUCUGGACGAGGUGGAGGAGAGCGUGACCCGGCUGUUCCACUGGGCGGCCUACUGCGACAAGUACGGCGGCACCGUGCAGGAGACGACGCUGUACGGGGCGACGGUGAUGGUGCGCGAGCCCGUGGGCGUGGUGGCCGUCGCGUGCCCCGACGAGAGGCCGCUGCUCGCCUUCGUGAGCCUCUUUGCGGCGGCCAUCGUCAGGGGCAACGCCGUCGUCAUCGUGCCCAGCGAGAGGCACCCGCUGCCCGCGCUCGACUUUUAUCAGGUAUUCGACACGUCCGAUCUUCCAGCCGGUGUCGUGAACAUCCUGACCGGCUCGCGGGACCACCUGACCAAGUACCUGGCGGAGCACCAGGACGUGCAGGCCAUGUGGUACUUCGGCAGUGAGCAGGGGAGCAAGUUUGUGGAGAGCGCCUCCGCCGGCAACCUGAAGCGCACGUGGGUGAACUACGGCGUGGAGCGCGACUGGGCGAGCGCCGAGUGUGGCCAGGGCGAGGAGUUCCUGUACCACGCCACGCAGUGCAAGAACCUGUGGCUGCCCAUGGGAGACUCGUUUGCCAACUGAGCGCCGCCGCAAUGGGGGCACACGGCUUUGAUCGCGGGAGCGUUGGUAAACCAACAAAAACAUAUUCUUGGUUUCGAUUUAAAGCUUUCGUGACUGCGGCAGAGAUUCAUCUUCUUCGUUCUUUCGGUAAAGUCACGUAGAAUGGAAAUAAAUAAUAAAAUAGAAAUAAUAAAAUAAUUCUUGCGACGUUUCGGCCACAACGCUGUCUCCCCGACAGACCUGGUCUUCACCUGAGGACGGCUGCUUGCGUUGUGGCCGAAACGUCGUGAGAAUUAUUUUAUUAAGUUAUAUUUUAUUAUUUUAUUAUUUCCAUUCUACGUGACUUUACCGGAAGAACCAAGAAAGCUUUAAAUCAAAAGCUUUAAAUAAAAAUUUAACAAAAACAUUUCACAUUUUAUUUUACCAGAUGCGUAGCUGUGCUGUAGCUCUUUUUCAGAAGCGACCCGGCCAUCACCAAAUGAUAGGUCAGCGAAGUGGCUCAUCAUCAUCAUCAUCGUGUGCAAAUCUAUAGCAGCCAAAUACUCUUAGACGCGUGAUGUUGAUUCUAAAUGUGGAGGGAAAAACCCGGACAAAAAUCCACGCGACCACGGGGAGAGAGAGACACGCACAUUCCAAAUAUACAGCAGCAGGCGUCGGAGUUGGGAUCGAACCCACGACCUCUUGCAUACCGGGCGAGGUAGUUAACAUCUCCUAGCCACCCUGGGUUAGCGCAGCAAAAUUUAACCAUCGUGCUGUAAUUCUAUGCUCCUGUGUCUUUCCCCCCCCCCCCCCCCCCCGUACCUAUUUCAGGCUGAGUUGAUCUACUGAUCUAUAAAGACAAAGAUCCCCCGUAUAGCCUUAACAGACUCGGGGAAAGUGCUGUUAGCGAGCGCCUAUGAAGGGGUGGCACGGCACACGAGGGGGUGGGUGGCCAACCCCACGCCCGACCGCCUUUGUCUCUUCAGUGGCGAUGUUUACACACCGCACCGGGUACUCAUUUCAGGCUGAGUCGACCUAGGGAAGGCCCAGGACCGGUUCAGGUAAUCAUUACUGGUGUUUUCCGUGAGCGGAAAUCGAACCGGGGUCGCCAGGUUCAUAGCGCAGCGUAGCGCUAACCGCUACACUAUUGCUCUCCACACUGUACACACACACACACAUCUGCCUAAACAGAAUCGGUGCUCUGUACGUCACGUUGCGACGCACACACACGGACACAUGCACAAGAUACCUGCGUUCAUUUGAAUCCGCAGCCUCGAGUCUCCGUUACUUGGGCUGUGUUUGUCAACCGUGAGGCGCGUGCAGCGCGUUUCUACUUUAAUGUUUCAUUUCGGCAGGUGACGACGACGACCGGGAAGUGACGCAUGGCGGAACCGUGCUGGGUGAUUGUCAGUUGGGAGACUUUGUUCCAGAGUUGAUCACGGGUUGUGUCGUACAAUGUCACACACGCUGCACGCACGUUGAACUUCUUUCGUUACGGUACGUAGCCAAACGCGCUAAUCGGAGGUGCUGGGGAAGGACAACAAACUAAACACAAAAAGCAGUUGCCAAGAAAUGAGUUCUCAAUCUUGAUGGUUUAAAAGUGCGUGGCUCCCAGUGGCCAGAGGUCGCAAACGGGUUUUGAUUCCUUACCCGUACCCGGCCGCACCAGGGUCGCAAACGGGUACCAGUACCCGUACCCGGCCGGGCACGGGUAGCCGGGUAUCGGGUAGGGUACGGGUAUCGGGUACCCGAUUGCGACCUCUGCCAGUGGCCUCCUAAUAUCGGGAGGGAAGAGCGGUUCCAGACGGUCGCAGAAGCGCGUGAUGCGGUGACCGUCUUCGUUCGACGUGGUACUUUUCACGGGCAAUGGUCGUGGUCCUCAAAAGUUCACAAGUGUGUUCCCCGAGUGCAUCCCAGCGAGCAGUGCAGCUCUCUGUCAAGGGCCAACUCGGCCAGCCGACAAGGGGCCGCAGCAAAGUUUACACGUCACAAGUUACGCACGCUUGAAAGGAAUUGACGACAUCUUGAACGUAAACAUUUCCACGAUUUUAUGUUCACAUUUGAUAUUUUGUGAUCUCAAUAGGAUUUGUUUAAGGAGGGCAGGGGGGUGGCAGAGUGGAGAUCCGUGGUAGCGCAUCCACCACUUGUCGCAGAGGGUUCACGGUUACUAAUCCACUGGCUGCCCUGGUUAUUACUGUCGGUAUAUUAACCCUUUCCCGUUCCGUUGACGUACGCGCAUGUCAUCAGCUCUUCUGAAAUAAUAAUAAUUUUAUCGGUACCGAGGCUCCCACAAGGCCAUGCGAGAGGACGUGCAGAACAGUUUGGCGGUCGUGUCGCUACAGUUCUCCGCGGUGAGUAACGACGUCUUUAAAAGCAACGGCGCUACUACGCCUCUCUAAAUAAAACUAACGCUGUGCCUCUUCCACGUUGCGAGAUCGACGGUGAACGGGACACCCAGCUUGCCACUCGCAGACGCCUCGGAACCGUGGAAGGGGUUAACUCCGAUGAUAAUGGGGCACGGCGUACAUCACGGCGGACGUUACAAGAUCCCCUGACGUCGUUUGCUGGAGCAGGCCGUCGUGUGUGCGAGCGCCAGGGUCCAAGUGUUGAUCAUUUGGGAUCGUGUACCACAGCAGCAAUCAUCGCGCCCCCCCCCCACCCCUACUGGCAGACUUAACGCCCCAAUUAACUCUGGCGCAUGAGACUCGUCCUAAUGAUGGGUCUCUUUGAGUUCUCAAUCUCGUUAAACAAAAAAAAAACUUGAAUCUUCGCGGAGAGUUUCAGUUGAGAAAUGCGUGGCGCUCACUGCCCCAGGGCCUGGUUUAUAAAAUAUGACGCCGUUUUAGAAUUGUCAUUUAAUUGUGGGUUUUAUUGUGGGUUU